UCUAUAUUUCAUAACAUGAUCAUCAUUCAGCAGGCUUACUAUUUUGAACUAUCAUUCCAGCAAAGUGCAAAAGCCACAGAAAUGGCCAUUUUCCUCAAAGUCAACAGCAUUCAGAAAAUGAUCAACAACAAAAAACCCAUUACACUAAUUAACCUCAAAAUCAUCAUAAUAAUCUUCUUUUUAUUUCAACUUUCAAGAAUUUCACAAUCUUUACAUCCAAAGCCACCUCCAAUUCCACUUCUACCCAUACCAAAAGCCCACCAAAUCUCAUGGCAAAUUGCAGAAAUGGCACUUUUCUUGCACUUUGGUACCAAUACUUUUACAAACACAGAAUGGGGAACGGGUCGGGUCGACCCGAAAAUAUUCAACCCAACUUCACUAAAUGCAACACAAUGGGUUAAUGUAGCUAAAGAUUUUGGUUUUAAAAGAGUAAUCUUGACUGCUAAACACCAUGAUGGUUUUUGCUUAUGGCCAUCAAUAUACACUGAUUAUUCUGUUAAGUCAAGUUCUUGGAGAAAUGGGGUUGGUGAUGUUGUUGAUGAAUUGGCUAAAGCUGCAAAAAUUGCUGGUUUGGAAUUGGGAUUGUAUCUUUCUCCAUGGGAUAGACAUGAACAUUGUUAUGGUCAAACUUUUGAGUAUAAUGAAUAUUAUAUGGGACAAAUGACUGAGUUGCUUACAAGAUAUGGAGAGAUUAAAUAUAUUUUUUUAGAUGGUGCAAAAGGUGAUGGUGAGAAGGAUAUGGAUUAUUUCUUUGAUGAUUGGUUUAGCCUUAUUCAUCAACUCCAACCUGGAGCUUCGAUCUUUUCUGAUGCUGGUCCGGAUACGAGGUGGGUUGGUGACGAGGCUGGUGUUGCUGGAACCACUUGCUGGUCCCUUUUCAACUGCAGUGCUGUCAAGAUUGGCGGUUAUAAUGAUCCCAUAUACGAGAAGGAGGGUGACGCCUUUGGCCAUGAAUGGGUUCCCGCCGAGUGUGAUGUGUCAAUCCGACCCGGUUGGUUUUGGCAUGCAUCAGAAAAGCCAAAAAGUGCAAUGACUCUUCUGGAUUUAUAUUACAAAUCAGUCGGUAGGAACUGUCUCUUAUUGCUAAAUGUACCACCAAACUCAUCUGGUCUCAUAUCGGACGAAGAUAUACAAGUCCUCAAAGAGUUCUCUGAGCUUCGUGAUUCUAUAUUCUCCCAUAAUAUUGCAAAAUCUGCUCUUCUUUCUGCCAGCAGUAUACGAGGAAAUCCUAAUGAUUCUCAGUUUGGCCCCAAGAAUGUUAUUGAGGAAGGAUUAUAUACAUAUUGGGCUCCAGAUCAAGGACAACAAUCAGACUGGGCAUUAUAUUUAGAAUUUCAACAGGUUAUAACUUUCAAUGUCUUGGAACUUCAAGAACCGAUUCAAAUGGGGCAGCGGAUUAUCGAGUUUCAUCUUGAUAUCUUAGACGAAAAUGGAAAAUGGCAACACGUGAUAAAUGGAACGACAGUAGGAUAUCGGAGGCUGUUACUUUUUCCAACAGUGAAGUCCAACUCGUUCAGGUUGGUUAUUGACAAGUCCAGGGCGUGCCCUCUAAUCUCCCACGUGGGAAUUUACAUGGAUUCCUAUUCUAUUCCACGACGAGUCACCGAUACACAUACUACAUUGAAGUUCAUUGACAACCAAGUUUUCAGGAGAAGUGCAUACAAGCGGUCUCAAUCUGCUUCCAUCUAAUCUUUGUCGAGCAGCUUUAAGUGUAUAAUUAAUCUUGUUUUUUUUUUCUUUCCUUUCUGAUGCUUUUGUGUGUUGAUUUUCUUUGAUUUCAGGUGUUGUAAUGUAAAGUUUAUAAAACAAAACUCAUAUUAGAGUGGAGCAACUAUUAUGAAACUGCUUCCAUCUAGUCUUUGUUAGGAGACAUUUCAAUGUACUGGACAUGAAACUUGAUUUAAUGAUUUUCUAAUGCUUGUGUGUUAGUAAUUUUAACCUGA